CCAGGGUGCAGCGGGCGCGCCGGUUGCUAUGGUUCCUGAGGGGCCCGCCGGGAUGGCGCUGCCCGCGCCGCCUCCCGCGCGCGUCUUCGCUGAGCUCUGCCCCGUUCCUGCCCCAGCCCCGGUCCCGGUGGGUCGCGGCGGCGGCCUCCCGGCGCCGUCCGGCCGGGAAGUCCACGUGAGCGGCAGCGCGGAGCUGAGCGCCGGCCCGGAUCGGGCGCGGGUGUCGCUGCGGCUGGGCAGCCGGAAGGGGGUGGCCGGCGCGGCGCGGAGCAGCGUGUCCCGCAGGCUGGAGUACAUCGCGCAGAGCGCCCGGCAGCGCGGCGUCCCGGAAGAAAAUAUGACUAUAACAGAGGAUUUUAGCAGAGUAGAGAACACUUACCAGAUGGAAGCAGAGGUCUGUAUUAUAUUCAGUGAUUUUGGAAAAAUGCAGAAUGUAUGCAAUCUGCUUACUGAAAAGUUAGGGACUUCUGUUACCAUCAGCCCACCUCAUUUCUACCACACACCAGAAGCCAUAGACACCCUUCGCCGUAGAGUAUGCGUCGCUGCUGUUGGAAACACACGGCAGAAAGCUCAAGAAGUGUGUCGACUGUUUGGCCAGUCAUUGGGAAAACCUUUAUUAAUAAAAGAAGAAGAAACAAAAGAAUGGGGAGGCCACGUAGACAGUCACCUAUCUAACUCCCCAGAUUCACUGACGCUGCAGGAAAGAAUCCAGAAUGCUACUGCUUAUGCAUCUUGUAGAGUGUUUGCUGUGUUUGAGAUAAAGGGAAAAGAAAACAGACGAAACAAGUUGCUCUAAAAAUUUUCAGAUUGUACAUACUUUCUUAAUAAAUUUUUAUGCUUUCUUCAUAAAUA